AUCACGGUGACAUGAGCAUAGGCAUAAUCAUGUAAUCUGCGGGGAGGGAGGAGGGUGGGGAGAGGAACACCAAGAGGGAGCUGCGGGGUGGGCAAAAUGAACCAGUCACAGAACAGAACCACUCUCGCGCUCAGUACUCGUCCAGACAUCGUAGUGUGAGGGUGUUGAACCAAACGAAAGUUAAUAGAAGUGACAGCAAGUUAAACGAACAAAGAACGAGUGCGUGCGAACGAAAGAACGAAAAAGAUACAAAAAAAAAAAAAAUAGUAAUACAAUUUGAAAAUAGUAAAAUUUAAGUGCCAAGAAAAAUAAGUGAAUAUUCGAAAAAAAAAAAUGUAUCUGCUACUAGAGAAAAUAUAUGAAAAAAGAAAACAGCAGAAAUUUCCCUUCAAAAUGUCAAACUAGAACAAGAAAAGAGAAAACGAGCUUAGAAAACGUUACAAAGAAAACGAAGUUAAAAGAAAAUAGAUAUCCAAACAGAAAACGGAGUACGUCGUAAGUAAAAAGAAAACGUUGUGUUACAUUACUACUACUACUACUACUACUGCUACUACUAGUACCCACUCGGUCAAACGAACCAAAAUGACCGUAACAGCAAGGCACCCUCACGACUACUACUACUACUGCUGCUGCUACUACUGUUACUACAAUUGUGCCUCUAGCGGUAGUAGCUGACCUAACCUAACCACACACUGCUACAAUAUCCAAUGAGGAGAACGGAGGAAGAGAGAAAGAGAGGAAUCAUGAGGAUCGAAGGCAGAAGAAAAGGUCUCACCACCACCACCACCACCACGAUACUACCGCCACCUCUGCUACUGCUCUCUCCACGAGUAUUACUACUUCUACCAGUGCUACUACUAUUACUACUGUGCGUGGGAGGCGGAGUAGCACAGAAGCCACCGCCAAACUACUCCCAUGACCACCUUCCUAACACCAGCUUCACCUGUGACGACAAGGCGACAGGGGGAUACUAUGCUGACCCUGAAGCUGGCUGCCAAAUGUUCCACGUGUGUGUCAGAGUCUCGGAUGAAGAGAUCCGGGACUUCCGUUUUCUAUGUCCAAACAACACGGUGUUCGACCAACAAAACUUCAUCUGCACAAAUUGGUGGGACAUAGACUGCCGCCGCUCCACCAGGUACUACAGCAAGAAUGAUCUCUUCCGCGUCGAGCAGGACCUACAGCAGCAGCAGCAACAGCAGCAGCAGCAGCAGCAGCAGCAGUCGGCCACAGAGCAGCAGGACUACAAUUACCAGUACCAGGGGGAAGGGGAGCGCCAAAGCUACUACGACUAUGGGUAUGAGUACGAGGACCCACAAGGCAGGGAGGAGACAGGGCAGACUGGGGGCCUUGGGGAGGAGUCUGCUGGUGGUAGGAAGGGCAAGUCCCAGCCUACCACUGCUGUUGCUACUACUACUACUACGCCCACUACUACGACUACAAGUACCACUACCACUACUACGACUACUACAACUACUACCACUACGACUACCCCGCGGCCAACCACCACCACCACCACCACCACCACCGCAGCGCCGCACAUCACUACCCUCCGUGCCUCAACGCCUCCCUUCAGCGUGUCGUCGUUCCGCGUGGGUCGUCCUGUCGUGAGUGUCCGCACCUUCCGUCAGCAGAGGCCCCACGUCAUCGUCGUCGCGGAGUUCUUCGGAGCGCGGCAGGACGGGCGGGCAGACGGCAUGGCGCAGGACAGGGCCGCGAAACACACGGCAGGAGGAGGCCCUGGGAGAGGGGGAGGUGGACGAGUUAUACAAAGACAUCGAGGAUCCCUUCGCUAACUACGACUGGCGGAGGGACUCGUCCUUCUCCUCCUCGUCAGGCAGCGGCGUCACGGCCUCCACCAAGACCAGGUAUGAGCAGCGGUUCGGCACGGCGCCCCGCUCACGUGCCGGCCCCUCGCCGCUCCCGCCCACAGGACUCAGUCCCCGUACCGCCCCUCCCAACGCCACGCCCGCGCCCACCUCAUCUACCACCGCCUCUCCCCCAACAGCAUGGCGGGGCAGGCGGCGGCGAGUGCGUGGCCGGGGGCGGGGCUCUAGGGAAGGCCUGGCCCGGGCACGCCAGGCAGAACCAGACCCAGCCCUUGAAGAGUUCGCUAAUUUCCGGUACUACAAGACUGCUUUCGGGGGCACCACCGCGGGGCCGCCCACCCUUCACCCACUGACUCGCUCAAAGAAAGUUCGCGUUCAGGCCUGCGAGCGACGCGGGUCCGGCCCGUGGGUUACAUCUCGGCGCGCUCUGCCUCACGCAAUACACGGUACGCGGUGUACGGCUGAGGACGUGGCCAGCCGAAGUGGCACCGACUGGAGGCACCACGUGAGAUGGAAGGCAUGAUGGCAGUGGUGGUGGUGGUGCCGGAGGAAGUAGCAAUCAGGGCAUGUCUGUGUUACAGAGUGCCUGGCGCUGUGCUACACUUUGGUGGUGUGAAGCGAACACCACAGGAACAACAAUUCCACUCAACAGAAUAGUGCAGGGAGAGACACGGGAGCGAAGCUGAGUGGUGACGAUCAGUGGUGAGACCCAUCAGGACAUGAAAUAAUAGCAAAAGCAGCUCAAGAAAAUAAUAAAUAAAAGAAAGGAAGAUUGGAAAAAGAGCAGCAUGGAUUUUCUUUCCUUUUGAUUUUCUUUCCUUUUAACUAAAAGGAAGAAGAAAACGAGUAGGCAAUACAUGAGUAAAACAGGAACAACAUUAUUUAAGCCAUAAAUAAGUAAAAAAAAAAAUCAAUAGCAAUACACGAAUCAAACAGAAACAGGAUUACUUAAACCGUAAAUACGUUAAAAAUAAUAAUAACUAGAGAGGUGAUGGGUGAAUACUGAAAGAAGCAGGCCCCAGCAUGGGCAAUGUUGGGAGACAUCUGUUGAGGAUGAAACAGUGAGUGCUAGUUGUGUGUGGAAGUGAAUACCAAAUUUAAAAUGUGAGGAAUAUUAAAACCAUGCACGAGAAAAGUGCGUAAAUUAUGAGGUGGAAGGAAUAUUAAAACUAUGCACGAGAAAAGUGCGCAAAUUAUGAGGUGGAAACAAGAAAAAUUAAGAGAAAGCAUUAAAUAUGAAAAUAGGAAAAAAAAAA